GCGUUAGCUAAUGAUUUGUAUGGAUAGAAUUGCGUAUGUUGGGAAAACAGAUUAAUCUCGUGGACUGAGGUUGAUAUUCUCAGAAAUACGAGUCUGGAUUGCGGUUAUGUUUUUGAAUGCCAGAGUUGUCCUUCCUGGUGUAAAGAAAAUUUUCAACAGUUGUUUGCCCAUGUCAGAUAUUCCAGAGUGAAAAGAAACUGAGGUUGGAGUGUUUUGGCAAGAGUUACAGGGACUUACAUACACUGAGUCAAAAUCUUUGGUAUGAUCAACAGAAACGAGGAAGAGCUUGCAAAUUUUAGUCAGUUCAGGAAAGUGGAAGUAGAGGGAAAUAAGUCAUAGUUAAUUGAGGCAAGUCUGUGAGAUAUAGUGUGUUUCUACUCUAGUAACCUGGUGAGCAAUGGUAAUGAAUAAUAGAGAACAAUAGUGACUAAAAGUAAACUUGCUGACACUUCUGUUUUAGAACAGUGGCUGACAGUUUUAGCACCAGACAGUUCUGUAUCUUACACAUAAAUGACUCACUGUUGAAGGUGCAUUGUCUUAAAUCCACAACAAUGUGAAAUAAUAACCAACUUCAGCAGAUGAUUCAAACAUGAUGAGGAGUUGAAUUUCUCUCUGGAAGGAAUGACAUCUGUUUAAGGAUAAAAAAUGAAAGGCAGUUAACUCCAGGAUAGACUUGUGAAGUUAUAGACUGGUACUACUAGAUUGGAACAGUUGAUUUUGAAAUUGAUUGGAGGAGAUUGAAUAUUUUAACCAGGGCAUGGACUGUACAUGUAUGGAGUUAGCUCUGGAAGGUGAGAGGUUGUGUAAGGCGGGCGACUGCCGCACAGGUGUACAGUUCUUCGAGGCAGCAGUGAAUUCUGGGACAGACGAUCUCAAGACAUUGAGUGCAAUUUACAGUCAGCUUGGGAACGCAUAUUUCUAUCUGCAAGAGUUUGGAAAAGCACUGGAAUAUCAUAAACAUGAUCUCAAUCUGGCAAGGACGCUAGGCGAUAGAGUUGGAGAAGCAAAGGCCAGUGGUAACCUUGGUAAUACGCUGAAAGUUCUCGGAAAAUUUGAUGAGGCCAUCGUCUGCUGUCUACGACAUCUCGAUCUCUCCAGGGAACUCAAAGACAGAAUAGGAGAAGCGAGAGCUCUGUACAAUUUAGGAAAUGUGUACCAUGCGAAGGGGAAGCACACGGGUAGGAGCGGAAAUCAAGAUCCCGGAGAAUUCCCGCCAGAAGUUAAAGACUGUCUCGUCAAAGCUGCUGAAUAUUAUGAAGCAAAUUUAAAUAUUGUGCAGGAAUUGGGCGACCGGGCAGCCCAAGGUCGAGCUUGUGGAAACUUAGGAAAUACUCAUUACCUGCUGGGAAACUUUAGUCAAGCCAUUAUAUAUCACCAGGAGAGGUUGGCGAUAGCACGUGAGUUUGGAGAUAAGGCUGCUGAGAGACGGGCCUACAGUAACCUCGGGAAUGCUCAUAUAUUUCUCGGAGAAUUCGAAGUGGCAGCUGAACAUUAUAGGAAAACUUUACAAAUAGCAAAACAAUUAGGGGAUAAGGCUUUAGAGGCGCAGGCGUGUUACAGUCUAGGAAAUACAUACACAUUACUAAAAGAUUAUGAAAAAGCAAUAGAAUUUCAUAUGAAACAUUUAAAAAUAGCACAAGAAUUAGAUGACCGUGUGGGUGAAGGUCGCGCCUGUUGGAGUUUGGGUAAUGCCCAUACGGCUCUCGGAAGAAAUGAAGAGGCUAUACGAUAUGCCAGUAAACAUCUUGAAAUCUCAAAAGAGAUAGGAGAUGAGACGGGGCAGGUUACGGCCCAGAUGAAUCUCGCUGACUUGAAAUCUGUCCUCGGUAUCAGUUCCGGUGCAGACAGUGACCGUCCAAAUCUGAAUGACCAGCUUGAUGUCGGCAUGUAUCGUAGAACGUAUGUGUCAAGACGACAUAGUAUGGAGAGAAUGGAACUUAUGAAGCUGACCCCAGACAAGAAAGGGGAACUGCCCGUGGGUCACGGCGGGGCUCGACCAAAGAUACCAAAAGUGCAGAAGUCUAUGACAGUCGCUUCAGAAACGGUUAUACCAAAGGCACAAAGUUUUGAGACAUUAUCUCCGGAAGAUGAUGGAUUCUUUGACCUACUCAGUAAAUUCCAAGGUCGGCGGAUAGACGAACAGCGAUGUAGCUUGGUACCAGGUGAGAAAAACGGCCUGGAAAAAUCGGAGAACAAAGAAAACGAAGAAAGCAAACCAAAAAUGGCAUCCACUCCAGAUAGUGAAAACUUCCUCGAUAUGAUUGCGGGUAUACAAGGUUCACGCAUGAACGAUCAGCGUGCAUCGUUACCCCAGUUCCCGGGGCUCAAUUCUCAAGCUGUGAUCAAUCAGUACCUGCGUCAACGUAACGUCCAAGAUGUUCCCGAUGAUAAUUUCUUCGAAAUGCUGAUGAGAUGUCAAGGAGCCAGAAUAGAUGACCAAAGAAGUGCCCUGCCUCACAAUCGCCAAGCCCCAACCGUUCCAGACGAAGAUUUCUUCAGUUUAAUACAGAAGGUGCAGUCAAGUCGAUUAGACGGUCAGAGAACCUGUCUACCGGACAAAGAAGAUGGUCUACCAGUCCAGCCAACGCCCGGAAAGAAGAAAAAGAAAUAGACAAUAUUUGUUUCAUGACAUAUUUAAUGUUGGGAAGUGUCUUUGUACCUGUAAGGGAUUGCAAAGAAAUUCUGUUGAGUUGACGUUAUAUUGAAUUGAAAUGCAGGAAGAUCUGAAAGUCCCGAUGUAAUAGAACUAAUAUUGAACCAAUAGGUUAGAAUCUCUGCAAGUCUAGACAUUAUUAUGACUUUGAAAUUGAUAGAAAUUCAUUGCUUCUAGAUUUUAUUUCCUCCUGAAAAAGGCGAACAGUCUGAAGGUUUAGAUGUUGUAAUAGACGGGAAAGAUGUACGUCUGGGCAUUAUAACGAAUUGACUUGAUAGAAAUUUUGUGUAUCUUGGCAUUUCAAUGAACCGGAAUAACAGAUGUUUUUAUGAAUUGAAUAGAUAGAAUCUCGUAUGUGUCUGGAAAUUACGAAUUUGAAAUUGCAUGUCGAGACUUUGAUUUAUAAGACGAUUGAAAUUGAGCACAUCUAGAUGUUCAAAAUAGUUCUGUUCACAUAGAAAAUAAUUUCAGAGUAUAUAUAAAAUAAUAUAGUUGCCAAAUUCGUCUUCUAUAAAGAUAUUUAUUGAGCAUUCCUGGCAUGUCGUAUCUAAAAAUAGCUUUUUAUGAGAAUUUCAUGUGAUUCAUUGGAAAACUGUUGUUCAGUUGUAUUCCGAAAGGUUGGAACUUUAAAUUGUUGCUUUUAGGUAACGUGUUGUUUUUAGUGUAAGAUCAUGUAGUUACUUUUAGCUUCUAUCGUCGCUAUGUGAAAAUGGCUUCUUCUGUGAUCUGUUACAUUUUCUUCACAUUUUGAGUAAAUGUGAAAUAUUGAAAUGUCAAAACAAUAGAACUUCCCAAAAACAGUUUGGUCUGAAAAACUAAGAAGAAAUUGAAAUUUUGUCAGUCUAACAAAAUCAUUAAUUUAUUUAUAGUAUCAAGUUCUCUUAUUGGUAGAAAGCGAGACAUUUAAAAUUUACGAUGUGUCAUGAACCAAUGUUCUCAGGCAAUAAUGUUAAAUAAAAUUGCGUAAGAAAAACUUCGCAACAGAUGCCAUAGAGUUCGUUGAAAACGUACUGUAUUCUGCUGAUGUUUCUUUUCUUGUAUAAAACUUAAUAUGCAUUGUUGAUAUAUGAACAGUGCAGUGGGAAUCAUGUAUUUUCAUUUUCAUUUCAUUUCAUUUAGCAUUGACCUAGUAGCAUUAACUGAACAAAAUUAAUAGGGUAUGAAAAUUUUCAUGUUCUGAAUACAUUUUGUUCUUAAGAAAGUCUUUAUAUUUUUAUGUACCAAAAAGCUUUAUAGUUAUCCCCCGCCGAUGAAA